AUGGGCAAAAAAAACCUUGCUCCCUUCAGUGGGCAACAAAGAAAUUCUAACUUGUUUGAAAAACCAUUUGACAAAUUUUUCAUAGUAAAACGCAUUUCAGGAAAUAACGAAACCUUUCAUAAUGUAUCACCAUUUCUUGUUGAAAAAGGAAUUACAGGAACACUCGGAGAAGUCGCAUCAACUCGAAAACUUCGCUCUGGAGACCUGCUUGUGGAGGUGAAAACCCGCAAGCAAGCCCAACAGAUACUAAAAUUAUCAACUCUGGCUACUAUAACAGUAAGUGUAAGUUCUCAUACAGCACUUAAUUCUUCGAAGGGCGUUAUAACUUGUGGCGAGUUAUUUAACGAUUCCCUAGAAAAAAUUACCCAUGAAUUGAAACCUGAAGGAGUGACGCAUGUACGUCGUAUAACCAUUAGGCGGGAUGGACAACUCCUUCCCACAAAGCACUUUAUCCUAACUUUUAAUAGACCAAAAAUACCAGAACGUGUAAAAGUCGGCUACAUGAAAUUAGCCGUCAGGCCAUACAUUCCGAAUCCUCUCCGUUGCUUUCAGUGCCAGCGUUUCGGCCAUUCGAAGGCCAACUGCCGCGGGACUCUCACUUGCGCCCGCUGUGCGGAAAAAAAUCAUGAUAGCCAGCAAUGUUCUGCACAAGAGAAAUGUGUUAACUGCGCCGGCAAUCAUAGUUCCUUUUCUCGAUCUUGCCCUCGUUGGUUAAUGGAAAAGCAAAUAGUAACGAUAAAAUUUAAAGAAAAUAUUCCCUACCCAGAAGCUAGGCGUAAAGUUAUUGGCCAGUCACCAAAACCUGGUGUGACUUAUGCUUCAGCUGUUCGACAACAAUUUUGUGCAAACUGCUCUUGCUCUAACUGUGCUAAGAAUAUCAGUAAGAAUACCAGUCAAAUCAAACCCCCUAACCAAUCAGAUUCGGAUACUGAAAAUUCUUUAACUAGUGUUCCUGAAACUAGCAAAACUGAAAAAUCUCUACGCAAAAGAAAAUCUAACAGAUCGCAUAAACUGAAACUUUCGAAACGUGGUAUUUCAGAAAAAGAACUUUCACAAAAAAUGAAAAAAUCAAUUUUGCAUAAUUCUGUCGCUUUGGGACUUGCGAGUCAGGGCAUAGUCCACAAGGAUUUAUCAUCCAUUUUUAGUGGCGUACCCAAAAGUCCCGAUAGCAUUUCACUUCAUCCGUCUGAAGAGGAUGAUAAUGACCUGCAAAUGAGUUGCGAUUUAUCACCAACUCCAUCGAAUGCUCCUAGUACUUCUCAAGCGACAUUUUCUUGA